ACAGAAGACACGUUUUUACAUUUACAACAAUUUAUUUUUCGAACGUUGUAAAAAUUCGAAAAUGAGCAAGAACAAAGCCGCAGGAAAAAAUAACGAUCUCAGUGAAGAGCACGCGAAGAAGAUGAAAAGUAAUUUAUCAUUUUGGUCGCCUUUGAACGAUAAUUUCAAUCCUCCCAAUAAAGAAUCGGCGUGUACUUGGCAUAAAAAUGCCGAUAAAGGAACUACUCCCCAUACAACGAAAGAUUGGAGGAGGAAUUCCAAGAUUCUUCCUAAUGCUAUCGCUGCAAUUGGUAAUACCCCGAUGAUAAAACUAAAUAAAAUACCAGAGGAAGAAGGUUUAAAAUGCGAUGUUUACGUAAAAUGCGAAUUCUUCAACCCCGGCGGUUCAGUAAAAGACCGCAUCGCCCUGAGAUUGGUCGAAGACGCCGAAAAACAGGGCCUCCUCAAGCCCGGCUACACCAUCAUCGAGCCCACGUCCGGAAACACCGGCAUCGGCCUGGCUUUGGCGGCCGCCGUUAAAGGUUACAGGUGCGUCAUCGUGAUGUCGGAGAAAAUGUCCAACGAGAAGGUCUCGAUUUUAUCAGCACUCGGAGCAGAAAUCGUCAGGACUCCGGUGAACGCCGAUUCGAAUUCGCCGGACGGAAUGUUCGGUGUGACUCACAGACUCAGCAAGGAAAUUCCCAACUCGAUUAUCCUGGACCAAUACUCAAAUCCUGGUAACCCGCUGGCCCAUUACGAUACCACGGCUGAAGAAAUUUACGAUCAAUGCGACAAAAACGUGGACAUGAUUGUAAUCGGCGCCGGUACGGGCGGUACAGUCACCGGAAUCGGUAGAAAAUUCAAGGAGAUCUCCCCGAACACCAAAAUCGUGGCUGUCGAUCCCGAAGGAUCGAUUCUAGCCCUACCGGAUUCUAUUAAUCGAACCGAUGUUGGUUUCUACGAAGUCGAAGGUAUCGGCUACGAUUUUCUACCAACUGUACUCGAUCGAAGCGUGGUGGACUUGUGGAUUAAAACGAACGAUAAAGAAUCUCUACCCAUGGCCAGAAGAUUGAUAAAAGAAGGACUGUUAGUGGGUUCCAGCAGUGGUGCUGCUGUAGCAGGAGCCAUAAGAGCGGCCAAAAACCUCGAGGCUGGUAAGAAAGUCGUCGUGAUCCUUCCUGAUAGUAUAAGAAAUUACAUUACGAAAUUCGCUUCGGACCAAUGGAUGGUGGCAAGAGGGUUUAUCAAGCCGAAUAAUACUCUAAAUCAUUGGUGGUGGGAUAAGAGCGCAUCUGAAUUGAACAUGGAUUUGGUAAAGGUGGUUCCUGCUAGUGUUACUUGUAAAGAAGCGUUGAACGGUAUGAAUAAAUCGUCGAAUAAAUACGAUCAAUUGUGUGUAGUGGAUAAAGUUGGAAAUAUAAUGGGCAUAUGUACAUCGCAAUUAUUAAUGGAAAAACUGUUGAAUGGAAGGAUUAAACUGAACGAGAGUAUCGAGACUUGCAUUAUUAGAAUUUAUCCAAAAGUUGAAACGAAUACUAAAUUAAGUGUUGUGUCCAAAAUACUAGAAAGAGAAUCAUAUGUUUUGGUUCUUGAUAAACAGGGAGAUGCAGAAAAGCCAGUGGGAAUAAUUAAACCUUUGAAUUUGCUACAAUUCAUUCACAAUAACGAGUGAGCUAGUCCAAAAAAAUGAAGAAAUGAUGAAUUGGUCUUAAAGAUUUUGAAUUGAAUUUGUCUAUUUAGAUUUAAACAAUUUAAAUAAUUGUAGAAUGCAUUUAUGUUUUCUGUUUUGAAAUAUAACUUUUGAACUUUC